CCCCCGCCGCCCGCCCUCGCUCCUACUUCCCCCUCGCCCCCUCGCCCCCGCCCCCUGCGGCCGUGCCCCUCGCCUGCCUCUCCCCCCCUCCCCACCCACCGGCGCACGCAGGGCCCCGUCAAGCAUGAGCGGAGGCUACAACCCCCCGGUGGGGGGCCCCCCGCCGGGGUCGCUCAUGAGCCGGCGGAUGUCCGUAUCGCUGGCCUUCACCUCGCCGCAGGGGCCGCACUCCUCCUCGCGCACCAAGGCCGCCGGCCCGGCCACCCCCACCCACGAGGUGGCCGUGGUCACCGAGGUGCCGGUCCAGCAGGCGGUCAAUGCCCAGGUGCUGGAAUCCGUGCCGACAUCCUCCUCGCACGCGACCCACGAGAAGUCCACCCUGAGCGGGGCCUUCGUCAGUGUGUUCAGCUCGCGCCGGCGCAACCGCGAUGCCAAGGCCGACUCCACGGCCAUCUCCCUGCCGAUGGGCAUGGGCGGCGAAGCCGGCGACUCGGUGUCCGGUGUGCCGGACUCUCCCGGCGGCCGCGGCGGCCCGGCCGACUUCCAUGCCAAAAGCUCCGGCGCCAUUGGCGACCCGGUGUUGCAGUAUCAGACCCUCCCGGAGGAGUCCGGCGAGACCGUGCUCGAGGAGUCAUCCACCGACUCGGACGGCGAGGGCUCCUUCCCGCCCCCCUCGCCGGCGGUCUUCUCGCCGCUGCCCAGCCCGGAUCUUUGCGACCCGGGGCUACUGCCCUUCCCCUUCCUCAGCCCGCCGGCCACGCCAUUGACCCCGAGCACCGCGGCCGCCCCGGCCGCCCCGACUACCCCGGCUGCCGCCCCGGCCCCCGGCGCCGACAGCCACCCCGCGCCCGGGGCCGAGGCGGACUUCGAUUAUGACGCGGCCGAGGCCCAUGCCCGGGCCUUCCACCGGCCCCCCCGGCGCCAGGCCGACGGCCUGCUCGGGUCCUGGGUCAUGUUCCAUGAUGGCGACCCCUCCCGGCGGCAAACCUACCAGCGGUGGAUCCCCCGGUUCCUGGUCCUCCAUCGGGACGGGCUGAUCGUGCGCAAUCGCCGGUCCCUGUCCCUGCAGCUGAGCGGCAUCCCGCCCGGCACGCGCACCGCCAGCGGGUCCAAUGGCCGGUCCAACCGCCGGUCCUGGCUCCAGGGCAAGCCGGUGGACCUGCCCUCCAUGUACCUGUCCCGGGCUGUGGACUUCUCGGCCGGCAUGAUGGCCGGCUCCUCGGCCAGCCUGUACGACGGGUCCGAUGGCGGGUCCGGCGCCCCGGAGGCCGGGCAUAUGGCCCCUCGGGCCAGCAGCCGGCCGGCCUCCUCCUCCUCCUCGUCCUCCUCCGGGCUCGGGCCCACCGGCGGGCGCUUUAGCAGCGACUUCCCCGUGUCGGGCACCGGGCAUGGCAGCAGCGGCCGGGCAUCCAUCCAGUCGCUGCCCGGCGGCAGCAGCAGCAGCAGCAGCAGCAGCAUCGGCACCAACCGCGCGGCCAACUCCUUUUCCAUCGACCAUGCCGGGUACAUGCGCCUGUCGGAUGGCUCGCUCGGGGCGGGCGGCGGCGGCGGCGGCGGCGGCGGCGGCGGCGGCAGUGCCGGCACCUCGGCCGAGUCCGGCUUCUCCCCGCUGGCCCCGCCGCUGGUGGAGUAUGACAACUACGGCAAGCUCGACCAGUCCACCGAGUACGAGGUGGUCCUCUGCGCCAACAGCUUCAAGUCGGUCUACAUCGUGGCGGCCGACUACAAGCUCAUGACCCGGCCCUUUGUCAUCCGCAUCAUCCCGCCGAUGGCCCCGGACCAGAAGAUCCAGCACGCCUACAAUGUUGCCUUCAACUCGCACUCCGACAUGACCCUCUGGAUUCGGUCCAUCCUCCCCCUGCUGGAGCCCUCCAAGGUGGACCGGUCGCUGAUCGAGGUCCUGCGUGUGCCCAAAAUCCCCACCCCGGUCUUUGGCCAGCCCCUGGCCAGUGUGGUCCUCCGUGACGGCCAGGCCAUCCCCGAUGUCCUGACCGCCUCGGUCAACACGCUCAUUUCGCUGAACGGCCACUCGGUCGAGGGUAUUUUCCGUCGGUCCGGCUCCAUUGCCCAGAUCAACGCCGUCAAGCGCUUCAUCGAUGCCAACCGCGACAUCCAUCUCAUCCCCAACACCAACCCGCACGUUGUCACGGCCAUCCUCAAGAACUUCCUGAUGGAGCUGCCGGAGCCGCUGAUCCCGUACCAGGUGUACUCGUCCUUCGUGGACGUGAAUGUCGAGCGCAUCGAGGACUGCGUCAACCGCUUCAAGGCGGCCCUCAGCAUGAUCCCCGUGGUCAAUGCCUGGGUGCUGUCGUACAUCGCCAACUUCGUGCGCUUCUGCGUCAUGUUCUCCGACACCAGCUUCAUGGGCUACGAGAACAUGGCCACCAUGUUCGGGCCGAGCAUCCUGCGCAAGCAGAAUGCCACGGCCGAGGAGCAGGCCCUCAGCGCGGCCGUCGUGCGCAAUGUCCUGACGGCCUUCUUCAAGCUCUUCAACCGCCUGGACGUCCCCCAGCCGCUGGAAGAGGUGAUCCGCCAGCAGUUCGGCGACGAUGAGCUCCUCAAUUACGGCCCGUACGCCAGCGCCGUGUCCAACCACCUGAGCGCGUCGCAGAUCCCGCUGGAGUUUGACCCCUCGCGCGCCGGGCCCAUCUACGAUGGCUACCUGUUCAACACCUCCCUCGUGCUCGGGUCCAACGACGGGCUGGCCUCCACCGAGCUCGGAGACACGGUCGACCUUCACCACAUCAAGGCCUUCCCGACCACCCUCUCCCGGAUGCCGUACCCGCUGGCGCCCUUCCCCGGGUCCAGCAACUUUCGCAUGCUGCCGGCCCUGUUCAAGCCCUUCCGGCAGUUCCAGUUCGAGCCGGGCAUGUUCACCCUGCUGGCCAUUUGCGGGACCAAUUCCCAGCUGACGCACUUCCGCAUCCACUCCAAGGAGUGGGUCUUUGAGCGCAUCCCCGGCACGGCCAAUUGCCAUGCCUUUGCGUCUUGCGACCGGCUGUGGGAAGUGGUGGCCGCGGUGGAGAAUACCCUGCAUGUGUUCAUGUUCGAGGGCCUGCGCGACUUGAAGCUGGACCACGGCCGGGCCAAGUACAACAAGGUCAAGGAGUUCCGCCUGGCCCAGAAGCCCAUCUUCUUGCGCAUGCUCAACCGAAGCAAUGUGGUCUUUGGCUUUGGCCAGCCCCUGGCAUCGGUCCAUUCGCUGGACCUGCGCACCGGCAUCAGCACGCCGCUCGUGGUGCAGAAGGACCUGGUGGCCGGCGGCAGUGGCGCGGGCGGCGGCCCACCGGCCCCGGGCCCCGGCUCGGCAUCGGACGGCACCGGCCCGGGCGUCGGCACGGUCGUCCCCUCCAUCGGCGCGUCGCUGGCCGAUUCGCGCAUCACCUCCCGCGGGGGGACCCUCGGCCAGCAGAUCCCCGUGGACGCCACCUACCUGGCCCCGACGCGGGAGUACUUCAUUGCCUACACGCGGACCGGGUACUUUGUGCCGCGUGGCAGCCAGGCCAAGACCCGCGCGUACCAGUCCACGGCGGUGUCCUUCGAUGCGCCGGUCCUGCGCGUGACCGCCUCCUCCUACCGGGGAACCAUCGUCGUGGUGCAUGCGGACUUCGUGUCGGUGGUCAACUGCGCCACGCAGUCCGUGGUGCAGCGCAUCAUCCUGCAGCACUCGGUGCCGCGGCCGCUGGACGGCGAGGCCGAGGCGGCGGCGGCGGCGACGGCGGCGACGGCGGCCGGGCCUGUCCCCGGCCCGGCCCCCGGGUCGAUCACCAUCCCGCGGCGGCGCCGGGCGGACAUGCUCUUCAAGGGCCACUACCUGGCAGCCGAUGCCAUCCACGGGUAUUUGGACUUGCACUUUGGCAAGUUCCCCAAAUACUGGCGCCGGUGUGGGGUCAUCCUCAGCGACAAGAUCUUUUACAUUUUCACCGGCGAGCCCGGGCAAAGUCCCCUGUGGCUGGCGGUGAAUCUGAGCCGGGCCCGGAUGUUGGAUUCGAAUUCCAUCCUGCAGCACACCCAGCGCCGGACCAUUGUCCUGGCCACGGCCAAUGGCCGGCACACGUUGAUGAUGCGCUCCACCGUCGGGUACCGGUUGCUGGAUGGCGGCGAGGUGGAUGUCGACCCGGAUCCCGAUGUCCAGGCGGCGGCCGACGUCGAUUGGGCCACCUGGCGGUCGCACUUUGUCCGGUAUGGCGGUGUCCUCCCGGCGCCGGGGUCCAUCCUGCCGCUGCUGUCGCAGGUGAGUGACCUGGCGGCGCCGGGCACGCCGGCCGCCGGCACGCCCACCACCACGGCGGCCCUGCGCGCGCCGGGCACCAGCGGCGGGGCCCCGGCCUUUUCCUCCUCGCAAUCGACGCCGCAUCUCUUCUCGCCGGAUCAGCCGAGCCUCCGUCGGCAGGGAUCCAUGCCGGACACCAGCAGUCUGGGGUCGAUGGUGGGCGGCGGGGCCGACCGGCGGGCCGGUGGCGGCGAUGCACAUACGCCCGUUCGCCGGUCGGCGUCGACCCUCUCGGCGCUGGGCAGCGACACGGCCCUGCACCAUGCGCUCCACCAGCCGUCGCUGGGGGCCGGUGGUGGCGGCCCGGGCGGCCAGGCCGGCUCGCUGCCGGGCUCGGAUCUCCGCAUCGAGGUGACAUCCAUCAGCUCGGACGAGGAGGAUGGCGGCUCCUCCGGCAAUGGGGGGCUGUUGUCGGGGCGGGCCCCGGCCAGCCCCCUGUUGUCGGGCAUCCCGCCCGAGGCCCACAGCCCGGCCCUGUCGCCGAUGCCGGGCUUGGAGCCGGGCCCGGGCGCCCACUUCCCGGAAGCGAGCCUGGUCCGGUCGACGACCGGCCCCGGCGGCGGUGACGCCGAGCCCGGCACCGGCAAUUCCACCGAGUGCGAGGAUGACGAUGAGGAUGGCAUCAUUUCGUCGGUGGCGCUGACCGGCCUGUCGGACGAUGACGAGGGGGCCUCCCUGCUGUCGCCCUCGUCCGGCGGCUACCCCCUCGGCGAGGACGCCAAUGUGUGUGUCCAGAUCCCGGCCGAGGAGCAAGAAGCCCACUGUUACUCUGUCCUCGGAUCCCUGCCCCUGUACCCGCCCCUGUGGUAUCCCACGCAUGUGGUGCAGUACCUGGGGUUCGUCGGGCUGGCCGCAGCGGUGGAGCCGCUGCACGCCCUGCUGGAGCGCAUUGCCGCACAUGCCACUCGCAAGGCCGGGGUCCAGCACAUCCCCCCAUGCCCGCUGGAUGGGCAGACGCUGCUGCAACUGACCGACGAGGAUAUCCUCUCGCUGGCCGGGCUGACCUUCGGCAAGCGGCUGCUCCUGCGUAAGCGCAUCCGCGAGCUCCGGACCUCGGUCAAUGCCACCCUGCUGGCGGAGCUGGAGUUGCUCGGCGAGCAGACCGGCCCCGGCACCGGCACCCGAUACAACCUGACGCAGGUGGUGUCAUUGACCGGCGGCGCGGCUGGCGCCGGGCUGCUGGCGUCGCCGAGCCCGAGCGCGGUGGCGGCCGCCACCGCGGCCGGGGUCCAAUCCCCCGCGGCGGCGGCGGCGGCGGCGGCGGCGGCCUCCACCCCCGGGGCCUUUGUCCAGUCGCCCCAUCAGUCCCUCUCGGCGCUCUUCUCGCCGGCCCCCUCAGAAAGCUCCUGGACAUCGCCGCACAUCCGGGCCCGGUCCACCGGGCCGAUGGUCCUGAGCCCGUCACCUCUGGCGGCCGGUGGCGGCGGCGGCGGCUCGACCCCGGCGGCCCGGCUACUGGCGGCCGACAGUCACACUCGCAGCGCCAGCCUCUCGGCCGCGGCCGGCGGCGGGGGAGGGGUGCUCGCCUCGCCGGGCCCCGGCGACACUGGCGCCCUCGACCGGACCCCCUCCAAGUCGGCUUCCCACUCGCCGAGUGCCAGUCUCCUGGUGGCGGGUCCCGGGUCGCCGACGGUCGGGGCCGGCGGCUCGACGGCGGCCAGCUUGCACCCGGCCCCGCUGUUUUCCCCGGCCCCCUCGGGGUCCUCGUCCGGCGGCAGUGGCGGCGGGCUGCUGAUGGUCGAUACCUUGGCGGUUCCGAUGUCGCCGUUGUCCAACACCGGGGCCCUGGAUUCCUCGCCGACCAUGCCCUCCUACUCGGCCAGCAUGUCCUGCCUGCAGGUGGCUUCGACCUCGGGGGGGGCCGGGCCGGGCACCCCCGGCGGCAGCGGCGCGUCCUUCGGGCAGCGGCCCCUUUCCCACCACCCGGCCAUGGGUGGCUCGCUGGGGCUGCUGUCCCCCGGCGGCGGCGGGGGCACCGGCACUGGCGGGACUCCCACCCCGACCACGGCCAUGCCCCCCGGGGCCGGGGCCGGGGCCGGGGCCGGGGCCGCCCACCCGCCGGCCCACUCCUCACAACUCAGCCUGGCGGCCGGGGUCAAUCGCAUGGGCGUCGGUGUGGCGCCCAGCCUGACCAAGGCCAGCGAGGUGCACGAUGAUGACCCCUCCGGGCCGCGGGUGGCCGUGCUGCCGGAAUCCCACGCGUACGCCACCACCCUGUUGAGCUUCGGCCUGGGGCCGGAUGGCUGUCCGCUGGAGCUGCCGUCCACGUCGUUUGUCCCGUCGCCGGCGUCCUCGCCCUGGCGGCAGCGCUUCCUCGGCCCGAUGGCCGACCAGCCGGAGGUGGUGACCGGCACGGCGGGGGAAGUCCGGCCGCACUUGUCUGCCGGCGUGGCGGCCACCGGCUCUGCCGGCGGCGGCGGCAGCGCCGCCGCCUCGCCCGCCUUGGCCCCUGUGUCUUUGGAGGAGGCGCGCGUCUCGUGGAACGCCAGCACGGCCAAGCUCUUCGACCAGGCGCGUAACGUCAACCAGGCCUCCCUGCAGCUGGUGUACGGGAACAAUGUGGUCUUGCUGGCCCGCUUCCAGACCCCGGAGCAGGGCGGCACCAACCUGUACCAGCUGCGCUACAUGUCGGACGGUGGCGAGUACUUCUGA